GAACUGCAGUCCUCAUCCCGCAGCCUGUGUUGACAGGUUAGGUAUUUACGUUCACUGCUGUGUUAUGAAGUAUUAACGAUAAAUACUGUUGGAUUGAUUUUUUUACUAAAACUUAUAUCAUUUCGUCAUGGUGAAAGAAGAAACCAAGAAAGAUAAUGAAGUUAAAAAGCCUGAAGCGAAAAAGGCUGAUGCUGCCAAGGAAGUUGAACUGUCUGAUGAAGACCGGCAGCUGAAGGAGGAGCUUGAGUCUCUGGUGCUGGGGCUCCACAGCCAGCCCUACCAUGCAGCCAACAACAAGGCUGCCCUGCAGCAGAUUGCUUCUCUUAUCAAAUCAGCUACAACGUCCAUGACCAGUGUACCCAAGCCUCUAAAGUUUAUGAUUCCUCACUACAAAGAAAUGAAGGAAGUUCAUGAGAAACUAGAGAGCCCUGAGUUGCAAAAAUUUUGUUCUGACAUUUUGUCAGUGUUGUCCAUGACUGUGUCAGAGGAGCGCGAGUGUCUCAAGUAUAGACUGACUGGCCUGCGGGAGGAUGUGGGGGCAUGGGGACAUGAAUAUGUCAGGCACCUGGCUGGGGAGAUUGCAGCAGAGUGGGAGACCCUGAUGGAGGAAGAUGUGGCUAAAAAGAAUGAGCUUAUAGCUGAAGCCAAGUUAAUUGUGCCGUACCAUAUGCAGCACAAUGCUGAGGCAGAGGCAUGUGACUUGUUAAUGGAGAUGGAACAGCUCCAAAUGCUCACUGAAGGAGAUGUUGUCGACAAGGAGGCAUAUGAACGCGUGUGCCUGUACCUGACAAGCUGCGUGCCCUAUGUGCCUGAGCCUGAGAACAGCGAACUGCUGCGCACCGCCCUCGCCCUCUACAGGAAGUUCUCUCAGUACCCUCAGGCCAUGCGUCUUGCGCUGCAGCUUCAUGACAUGGCGCUCAUUUCCGAGCUUUUCCAAGAGUGCCCUGACAGACUUGUGCGCAUGCAGCUGGCAUUCAUGCUGGGCAGGCAGCAGGUGUUCCUGGAGCUACCUGACACCAUGGAGGACUGUGAGGACCUCAACGAAAUUCUCAGCAAUGCCAACCUGUCAAACCACUUCGUGGCCCUUGCCAGAGAGCUUGACAUCGUGGAGCCCAAGUCCCCUGAGGACAUCUACAAGUCGCACCUGGACACUCGGCCGUCCUUUGGCUCCAACCAGGUCGACUCUGCACGCCAGAAUCUUGCAUCUUCCUUUGUCAAUGGCUUUGUCAACGCUGCCUUUGGCACUGACAAGCUUCUCACUGAAGAUGGCAAUAAAUGGCUCUACAAAAACAAAGAGCACGGUAUGAUGUCAGCCACGGCGUCGCUGGGUCUCAUCCUACUUUGGGACGUUGACGGCGGGCUCACAAAAAUAGAUAAAUAUUUCUAUGCCUCUGAGGACUUCAUUAAAGCAGGAGCCUUGCUUGCUUGUGGCAUCGUCAGCAGCGGAGUCAGGAACGAGUGUGACCCCGCGCUGGCGCUCCUCACAGAGUUCUGCUCCCACAAGGUCCAGAUUCUGCGAGUGGGCAGCGUGCUGGGUCUUGGCUUGGCAUAUGCUGGCAGCAAUAGAGAUGACGUUAUCAAGGUGCUGCUGCCGCUGCUGACUGAUGAGAAGAGCUCGCUGGAGGUGGUGGGGGUGACGUCGGUGGCGCUAGGCCUGGUGGCCGUAGGUACCACCAACCAGGAGGUGGGCGAGGCGCUGGUCACCACGCUGCUCGCCAAGUUCCCCUUCCAACUCAAGGACCCCUUCGCCAAAUUCAUUAGCUUGGGGCUGGCUCUUACUUAUCUCGGCUGUCAGGACAAGUGUGAGGUGGUGCUGUCUUGCGUGGAGGGCCUGCCUUCCCCCUUCAGGCAGAUGACAAAGACCCUCAUUGAGGUGUGCGCAUAUGCUGGCACUGGCAACGUGCUGAAGGUGCAGGAAAUGCUGCACAUCUGCACAGAUCACUACGAGACUGACGAUUCCUCCAGCUCCUCCAAGGCCAAGGAUAAGAAGGAAAAGACCAAUAAAGAUAAGCAAGAUAAGGAGAAGAAAGAUGAGGCUGCUAAGGAGAAAGAUGCCAAGGAAAGUGAGAAGAAGGAAGAUGACAAGGAAGUGGACCUGUCGUCGCAACAGAGCAUAGCAGUUCUAGGCAUUGCUCUGAUCGCCAUGGGUGAGGACAUCGGAGCGGACAUGUGCUUCCGGCAGUUCGGUAAUUUGCUGCGGUACUGCGAGCCUGUGAUCAGGAGAGCCGUGCCACUGGCGCUGGCCCUGAGCAGUGUGAGCAACCCUAAGCUCAACAUCCUCGACACCCUCAGCAAGUUCUCUCACGACUCCGACCACGAGGUCGCCCACAACGCUAUCUUCGCCAUGGGACUUGUCGGGGCGGGCACCAAUAACGCCAGGUUGGCGGCGAUGUUGCGUCAGUUGGCACAAUACCACGCAAAGGACCCAAACAACUUGUUCAUGGUACGUCUAGCCCAGGGCUUGACGCAUCUGGGCAAAGGCACAAUGUCGCUCUCACCAUACCAUUCCAAUAGGCAGCUCAUGGCGCCCGUGGCAGUGGCUGGACUUCUUGCCACUUGCAUGGCAUUCCUCGACACCAAAACAUUGAUACUGGGCAAGAGCCACUACCUGCUCUACUGUCUGGUGUCGGCGAUGCAGCCUCGUAUGCUUGUCACCUUCGACGAGCACUUGAACCCUCUGCCUGUGGCGGUCAGGGUUGGUCAGGCUGUAGACGUGGUGGGUCAGGCUGGCCGCCCCAAAGCCAUCACGGGCUUCCAGACACACACGAGUCCUGUUCUGCUGGCCUACGGGGAGCGCGCCGAGCUCGCCACAGACGAGUACCUCCCCCUCACCCCCAUCAUGGAGGGCUUCGUCAUACUCAGGAAAAAUCCCGAUUUUCAGGCUUAGAUCAUGCCUGCCUGCUUGUAUUUCUCGAAAAUCGUAGUUUCUUUAAGGAAAAUCCAGUGAGGGUCGCAGUAGAAAUUAACAUUUUCUUAUGAAAUGGCUACUUUAAACUCAAUAAAAAUGUUAAC